AUGGGAGCUCUCGUCAAGGAUCUUUGGGCAUCUCAAAAUGGCUUCAACCCUGACAAGAUAUAUCACGUAACAAUCAUGCCAUGCUUCGACAAGAAACUGGAAGCUUCAAGGGAUGAUUUUGUUAGUGAAAUGGGCUCAUCCAGGGAAGUGGACUGUGUGCUAACACCAGUUGAAUUGGAGCAGAUGCUGAUUCGAGACAAGGUUGACCUAUCGCAAAUUGCUGAAGUUCCUCUAGAUGAAAAUCUCAGUUUGGGACCAAAACUUAUGUCUCAUCCCGGCUCAGGUGCUGGUGGAUAUGCACAUCACAUAUUUAUGAAUGCAGCCAAAGAACUUUUCCAACAAGAUGUUAAGGAACUGCAGUGGAAGGCACUAAGAAAUGCAGACUUCCGUGAACUUACCUUAGAGGCUGAUGGAGAGGUGGUCCUGAGGUUUGCACUUGCAUAUGGAUUUCGCAACAUCCAAAAUUUGGUUCAGAAGUUGAAGCGAGGCAAAAGUCCCUACCACUAUGUGGAAGUCAUGGCUUGUCCUUCAGUGUAA